AUGUCAUUAAGGAAGAAUUUUCAGUUUACUUUUGUUAAAUCCUUUUAUUCAUUUAGUGUAAUAAGCGAAAUUAAACCUUUACUGUUAAGUAGUAGUUUUAAAAAAAUAAAAAGUUAUGAUUUAAAGAUGAAUAUAUGUAUUUACAAAAAUAAAGUGUUUAAUACUAAAGAUGUUAUUGAUGUAAGUAUAAAUCAAAAGGAUUUAAAAGUAGAAUUAUCAAGUUUUAAGGAUGAUUUUUAUAAAAUUAAAAAAGAAUGUAUAAAUAUUAAUGAAUUAAAAGAAAUUGAUGAAUCAUGCACCAAUACAAAAGGACUUAAUGAAAAAGAGAAAGACGAAAUAAAUGUAUUAAAAUAUGAUGUUGAUGAAUUAAGAUGUUUAUAUUUUUUUUUCUUAGUACAUUUAUUAAGAUUUAAAAAUAAUUUAGACUUAAAUUUAAUAAAAAAUAUUUGUAGUGAAAUUAAUAAUGUCAUAUCAUCAAAUGUUUCUUAUAAAAAUAACUGUUUACAUAGUGUAAAUUUAAAAAAUUUCUUUAUUAAUAUUUUAAAAAAUUCUGGUAAAGUAGAAUAUAAUUUAAAAGAUUUCUAUUCUUCCAUAAGUAUCGUCAUUGAAAAAUGCAGUAUUUUGUUUUUAAAUACAUAUAAAACAAUUUCUUUAUGUAAAUACUUAACUUGUUGUUUAUGUAAUAUUUUUGAAUUAUUUAAUUUGAAUUGUGAUGUUCUGUUUAAAAACUCAUUUAACAACAAUGUAAAUAAUAGCAAUAUUUAUUCGAUUAACAGUUUGAUAGCCAAUAUUAAAUGGAUGAUUCAUGAUUCUAAAAUUGAUAAAAAUAAUGAAUUGUCUAAAAAUUUUAGUUCAAAUAUGUUAUUAUUUAUUUACACACAAAGUAAAUUAGUAGAUGAAUGUGAAUAUUUUAUAAAUUUAAUUAACCAAAAUUUCAAAAAUUGUAUUGAUAAUUGUAAAAAUGAAUACUAUGAAGAAAUGAAUUCCUUGAAUUUGUAUAUUGAUGUCUUAUGCAAAAAUAUCAAUGAAAAUAUUAAUGCUCAUAUAGGAAAUAUAUUGGAUAUUGCAAAUAAAAUAUUACCAUUAUAUAUAAAUAAAUUAAAAGAUUUUCAUCUUUCGAAUGAAGUAAUCAUAAAUGAAAAUACUGAUUUAAAAAAACCACCUUCAAAUGGAUUUAUUUUUGAUUUGGAAAUUAAAGAUAAUUCAGAGUUUCCACUUUUAGGGGUAUAUAAGAAUUAUUUAAGAAAUAUUCAAAAUAUGAUUAAUGAAGUCGCCAGAAAAAACGAAUUACAAAAAAUUAAAGAAAUGAAUAUAGCAUUUAAUAAUUUGCUAAUUUUUUUAACAGACAUUAUUAUACAUAUGAACAUCAUAUAUGAUAUAAAGGCUUAUAACAAAGCAGUAUCACAAAUUAUGAAAAACAAAAAAGUUUCUAGUUCUAUACAUAAUAUAGGAAUUGGAUGUCUUGAUUUUAAAAACUUUCUGUAUUCUUUGAUUUCAAAUAAUAACUCAAAAUUAAAAUUAGAAAAUGAAAUAAUGAAAGAUAAUAAAAUUAUAACUAAUCGUUUUUUUAAUUUUCUAAAUGAUCAUUUUUCACCAUAUAAAUUUGAAGAAGUAAUAAACGAAUUAUUAAUGCCAAAAAAUAUAAACUUCAACCUUAAGGUUCCUAAAGGAACAAAAGAUUUUACUGGAGAAGACAUGCAAUUAAGAAAUAUUUUUUUUGAUUUUAUUAAAAAAAAAUUUUUAAUACAUGGUGCAGUUGAAAUAGAUACACCUGUAUUUGAAUUAAAAGAAACAUUAACAGAUAAAUAUGGAGAAGAUUCCAAAUUAAUUUUUGAUUUAAAAGAUCAAGGAGGAGAAAAUUUAUCCUUGAGAUAUGACUUAACUGUACCAUUAUAUCGUUUUGUUAAUACUAAUGAUAUUAAUCAAUUAAAAAGAUUUCAUAUAGGAAAGGUGUAUAGAAGAGAUGAACCAAGUAUGAAUAGAGGUAGAUUUAGAGAAUUUUAUCAAUGUGAUUUUGAUAUUGUAGGAAAGUAUGACAAACUUCGCACCGACUUUCAUAUAUUAUAUAUUUUUUGGGACAUAUUAAGUAACUUAAAAAAUGUUAUUGGUAAUUUUAACUGUAAACUUAAUCAUAGAAAAGUUUUAGAAUAUAUGUUAGUUUCAUCUAAUAUUCCCAAAGAUAAAGUUAAAACGAUAUCUAGUAGUAUAGACAAAUUGGAUAAAAUAACAUUUCAUCAAUUUAGAGAAGAGUUAUUAAAUGAAAAAGGUAUCCCUGUUGAAUCAGUUGAUAAAAUAGAAGAAUACAUUUCUAAAACACUUAGUUUAUCUCCGUUUUUAGUCAUUGAAUUUCUUAGAAAUGAUUUAAAUCAAUCAGAAAUUGAUGAAACAUAUAAAAAUGAAGUUCACGAAGUUAUAAAUCAUUUAGAACAAAUAUUUGAGUUGCUAAAACAUUUUAAUAUGGUUAAUCAAUUUACAUUCGAUCUAACUCUAGCAAGAGGACUUGAUUAUUACACUGGUAUAAUUUUUGAAUUCGUUCUCUUGUCAGAAACAAAUGUAGGAAGUAUAGCAGCAGGAGGAAGAUAUGAUUACUUAAUCAGAAACAAGAGAAAAGAGUAUAUUCCAUCAGUUGGUGCAUCUAUUGGUAUUGAAAGAAUUAUAACAAUUGCUGAACAAUUCAUAAAAAAUAAAGGUUUAUUUUUAACAGGUAAUGAAUAUAAAAAUGAGUUAGUAGAUAAAGAAAUUAACAAUAGUAAUGUCUCAAAACUAAAUUUGAAAGAUAAUUCAAUAGAAGUUCUUGUAUGCAAUAUAAAAAAAAAUUGCUUUAAAGAGACAAUAGAAUUAUGUAAGAAAUUAUGGGAACAAGAUAUUUCUACUGAGUUUAUAUAUGUGAAUGAUCAAAGGAUACAAAAGCAACUUGUUUAUGCUUUAGAAAAACAAAUACCCCUAGUUGUUAUUAUAGGUGAUGAAAUUGAAAAAGGAAUUGUAAAAUUACGAGAAUUAACCUUAGAUAAAAAUAAAUCAGUAGGUGAAAAAGAAAUAAAUAUAGAUAAUUGUAUUAAUGAAAUAAAAAAUUAUUUUGCAUGUAAUUUAUCAUGGAAACAAAAUAUUACGAACAUUUUAUUUGAAAAAAAGACUAAAUAA